AUGAUGUCGCACUCCUCUGGCCAAUCCUCCUUGGGAUCACCCCCUACCAAGGAGAACCCCAUCAUCACCGUGGACAUCGCUCCCCGAGUGGCCGUCGAACUCAAGGACGACUGGACCGAGGCCAGGGCCAACUCUGCCUUCCUGCUCCAUCCCACCACGAAGCCCUUCCGCCCCCUCAGCAAGGGUGCCGCGGCCCUGGCGACCUUGAACCAGAAGCCCAAGGGCCCCGCCGGCAACCCCCUCAUCACCAUCAAGCCCGUCCAGAUGACCGAGGACGGCCUCGCGUACAUGCUUCACGGCAUCGACGAGGAGCUCGACAUCCCGGCCCAGUUCCUCCGCAUCGGUAUCCGCAUCGUCAAGGACUUUGGCCCUGGCGUCCCCGAGUUCGACAACAUGACCCCCAAGACCAGCACCCACGCCGCUCGGUCCAAGAACCACUCCUUCAAGGCCGGCGACAUGGCUGUUUGCGACCACUUUGCCAUCAACAUUCCCGAAAUCAUCAAGAUCAAGAAGCUCAAAUCCAACAUAAACUCGGGCUAUGAUGUUUCCAAUGUCGAGCACUCCAUUCCUUGCGACUUUGUUCAGUACGGCUUGCAAAUGGGGGGCCCCAUUACUGUUAAGAGCAACUUCAGUACCUGGUAA